AUGUCUGCUUCAUUCAAUUUUCCCUCUAUUUACAAUUUUCCUCCUUUUUUCACAAGACAGCCCAACAAUCAAGUCUUGAACUCUCAGCUAGCCAAUUGGUCCAAUCUCAUCAUCAACUACUGCGAGUUUCACAGGAUAUGGGUCAUCAACAACGCUGGAAACAUAAAAAGCUCUUCAGGUUCCUUUGAUGACGAAUUAUUCCAUAAUCACAAAAUCAACAGAAAAUUAAAUAACGAAAUGUUUGUUGAAAUCUUCAACUACAUGCUACAAAACAAUUUGAUUGAAAUAUUCAAUAAUGAUAUCCUUAAUAAUUUCAAUAUUGCCAAUACUAAUAUGAAUGUCAACAAGUCAAAGAACUCAUCAAAGGUCAAUUACAUAGUAUACUGGAAAAAACCUGAAGAAUGGGCACAACUUAUCUUAGAUUGGGUGGAAAAAAAUGGUAAGUCAAACUCGAUCUUAACCUUAUACGAAUUAACCCAAAAUCUCUCAAUUAAAAAGGAACCAUUCUAUGGUUUGCAUCCUUUUAUCUUACUAAAGUCCUUGAAAAUUUUAUCCUCAGACAACAGAGCAAAACUAAUGAAAGAUGAUAAUGGUCAAGUUGUUGGUGUCAAAAUUGUCUAA